GGUUUUCGUGGCUGUCAUCCGACUUUUACGGGUUCCUAAACCUCUUUGUUCUACGAUACGAUGUAUGCAGAGGAGAGAGAUGGAUAAUUCUGACCAUGAACCAAUCAAGAGUUGGAACUUUGGAUUAUGUCUGGUACCAUAUUGGAGGCACGUCAUCAUCAAUCAAAAAAAUGCUUCUAUAUAUGGUAUUGAAUGUCGCCGCUUUCAAUGGUUCCUCAUCUUCAUUAUACUUCGUCUCUACUACGCCGUAUGGAUUCAAGAUUGGUACUCUCUCACUAAUUCUCAAUUGACAACGCACGUAACCUAUCAUGAGUUUCAAUAUGGCAACGUCAAUAUUUCUGUGUUUCCUCGGAAACAUAUGGAUGCUCCCUUGGAGUGUAUCUGGUGCCACAGACUUCUCUGUGAAUGCGGGAUUGUCAACUUGGAAUCAAAGUGAUUGGUCCUUGACUACUACAACAUACAUUCCGGGACAGUAUCAAUCCAGAUUGUCUCUUGCCAAUGGGUAUGUUGGUGCUUCUCUUGCCGCAGCAGGUCCAUUCUUUGAAAAAGAUGUCAACCAAACAGAUGCAAAUGGUAUACCACCUUCCAAUGGGUGGCCGUUAUUCGACGAUAGGAUUUCCUUCUCUACUAUUUCCGGAUUCUACGAUGUAGAACCAGCGCAGGUCCCUCCCCAAGGAACUAACUAUCCGUGGCUCAACCAGUAUGGCUGGGAAUCUUUCAUUAGUGGAAUUCCACACCCAACGGGGAUUAUUUUCUCGUUCGGAUCUAAUUUCCUGGAUGCAACGGCUAGCAACACCUCAAUUUCAAACUUUACUUCCAAGAUUUCAUUCAAGACUGGUGUGGCAGAAUGGAACUAUAUAUGGUCACCAGAAGAGAAUUCUACUUUCAAUGUGUCAUAUGCUACAUUUUUCAGUAGGGAAAGACCUAAUGUUGUGGCCGUUAAAUCUACUAUUGUCCCCUCCGCAGAUGUAGAAGGGCAGGUCACAGACUUGCUAGAUGGCCAAAGUGCCCUGCGAUCCACUCUAUCCUCCAAAGGAUUAGAUGAUAAUGGGACUACCAUUUACUCAGCAGUAAAUCCUAGUAAUCUUCCGGAUAUCACGGGAUUUGUCAUUUCUGGUGUCAACUUUACAAACACUUACACGGAUACUUCCUCGAGAACCAAUGCCAGUGGGGCAUACGUAAGCUCUGCAAAUGAUACAACAAUUGGACAGUCUUUCAACAUUAGCCUGAAAGCUGGAGAAACUGCGGUUUUUUAUAAGUACGUCGGAAUUGCUUCGACAGACAAAUUUAGCGAUGCCGAAAGUGUAGCUCGAGAUGCUCAAAGGUCGGCACAGGAGUCCGGAUGGGAUACCCUUCUGGCGGAACAUGUUGCAGCUUGGGCCAAAAUUUUGACAGCCGACUCUGUCGAUGAUUUUACAGAUCCAGUCACAGGAGAAUUACCAGAAGAUCCUAAUGUUCAGGCACUCCAUAUUGCUUCAGUUGCAAACACCUACUAUCUUCUCCAAAAUUUACAACCUGAUGGUAGUGGGUUGAAUGAUAACAGCAUCUCGGUAGGAGGGUUAUAUUCCGACUCGUAUGCCGGCUUAGUAUUUUGGGAUGCUGAUUAUUGGAUGGCUCCCGGGCUCAACCUGGCAUUUCCAGAAUGGAGCAAACAAAUCAGCAAUUUCCGAAUCAAGCAGCAUAACCAAUCUUUGGCCAACGCAGCAUUUAAUAACUACCCCAACGGAAGCUCGCUUUAUUCUUGGACUACUGGAAGAUAUGGAAACUGUACAGGUACAGGCCCUUGUGUCGAUUACGAAUAUCAUCUCAACUAUGACAUCGCAUUCAAUUUGAUGCAGGAAUACAACAUCACAAAUAAUAGGACUUGGUUUGAUAAUGGACCAAGACAAAUUAUCGAAAGUACUGCUAUUAUGACAGGACAUUUGCUGAUGUAUAACGAAACCACACAAUCAUACUGGAUAUACAAUAUGACUGAUCCGGAUGAAUAUGCUAACAACAAGGACAACGGAGCAUUCACUAUAGCUUCUGCUGCGACUCUUUUAGAAUUGGCAAAUGAUCUGAGGGUUACUCAGGGCUUGGAAUCCAAUUCAACUUGGCAAGAGCAGCAGCAAAAUAUCGAAUUUCCAUCUGCAGCUUCUAACAUUACGCUGGAAUAUCAAACGAUGAAUAAUAGUGUUGCGGUCAAACAAGCUGACGUGGUUUUAUUGACUUACCCAUUGGAUUUUAAUCAAAAUUAUACUGAAGCAGACAAGCUGUUAGACUUAGACUAUUAUGCAAAUAAGCAAUCACCUGACGGGCCGGCUAUGACUUAUUCUAUUUUUGCUAUUGAUGCAAACGCUUUGUCUCAAUCUGGAUGUUCUGCGUACACUUACACACUGAAUGGCUUCCUUCCAUAUCUCCGAGCUCCCUGGUUUCAAUUUUCGGAGCAAGCUGUUGACGAUGUCACUGUGAAUGGAGGAACUAAUCCAGCAUUUCCAUUUUUGACUGGGCAUGGAGGAGCCGAUCAGGUUGUCCCCUUCGGUUAUCUAGGUAUCCGAACAGACCAACCAACUCUUUUCUUCAACCCAUCACUUCCUCCACAAAUCUCCCACGUCAAAGUUCGCACUUUCCACUAUGCAGGAGCAACUCUCUCGGCUACCAUGAACACUACCCACACAAAUAUUACACGCUUCCCUUCCACUAAACUUAACGAUCUAUACCAAAAUACAACCCUUCCCUUUGUGGUCGGAACACCUGGUUCUGACGCCUCAAAUAAAACAUCCUACAGCAUUGCGAUAAACGAAACACUCACCAUCCCCAACCGUCUUUACUUCCAAAAAUUGACCAAACCUAACAAUCUUCUCCAAUGCUUGCCCGUAACUUCCAAUGACCCAUACUCAGCCGGGCAAUUCCCCGUCGCAGCCGUCGACGGCGCAACAUCGACUUCCUGGCAACCAUCCACAAAUGACACCGCUUCCCUUCUCAUAGACAGUUCUUCCAUCCCUGCAUCCCCCGUCUGGAGCAUCUACUUUAACUGGGGUCUUCGACCUCCCCUCCGCGCCUCCGUCUUUUUCGGCAACGAAACAACAGACGAGGGUCAAAUAUAUGGAAGUGAAUGGUCCAUUGAUAUCGAGGACAUUUCUCCAAGUCUACCAUAUGCAGCGAAUAGCACGACACAAACUUCGAAUAAGGAAAGUGUGGUUCCGGUGGUGGGAAAUGAAACGAGGUUGGUGGUGGAGGGGGGCGCGUGGAGUGGGAAGUAUGUUAGGUUGGUGAUGGAGGGAUGUUGGGAAAAUGAUGGGAAGGGCGCCACGGUGGGUGAGUUUGUUGUUGUGGGGGGUUAGAGACGGAGGAUGUGGUUAUGGUUGGGGAUUUAAUGGAGUGGUAUGGAAUGGGAUAGAUAGUAACGCUACAUAAGUGACAUGAUAUGAUAUGACAUGAUUUAAUGAAUAAGAUAUUCUGAUAAUAAUCACA